CGGUACUUGCUAGGUGGUGCUCUAACUUUUACUGUAUGGACUCUUGCUCAGUAGCAUGGGAGAAGAGGAAGGACUACAUCAAGCACAAUUACUGGACACAAUGUUUGUGCGAGGAUUAAAGAGAAAAUGUUUUGAUGGUGAAGAAGAUAUUGAAGGAACUCUGGCUGGUAUUAAGGCUAUUCCUUCAUAUAAUCUUCAGCGACAGUCACUUUUAGAUAUGUCUUUGGUUAAACUUCAGCUGUGUCACAUGCUGGUUGAACCUAACCUUUGUCGUUCGGUACUUAUAGCCAACACGGUACGGCAGAUUCAAGAGGAAAUGACUCAAGAUGGGACUUGGCAGAUGAUAAAUACACAGAGUACAGGGCAGGCAUCCCUGGAUCGUCUUGUUUCAACAGAUAUCCUCUGUCGUUCAUCUAGGGAACAAGCUGAGGGAAAGCAUGUUCCAGGCUAUAGUACUUUCAGUAAAGACUUUGAGGGUGACCAGGCACAAGAUAGUUCAGAAGCUAUGUCAACAGCCUCAUCGGCGCAAGCUCCAAGAAACUUGCAGAGCAAUGUGUGGGAAAUGGAGAAUCCGCAAGAAAAUAAAGGAAACUUUCAAAAAUCAUUAGAUCAAAUAUUUGAGACACUGGAGAAUAAAAGUCCUAAUUCUGUUGAAGAUCUGUUUUCAGAAGUUGACAAUUCUUACUAUGAUCUUGAUACUAUGUUAACAGGCAUGAUGAGCAACACAAAAAUGGGACACUGUGAUGGGCUUGAAACGUUUUCUUCUCCAACAACUACAACUUCUAACUCUAAUUGCAAAUCUGAUCUUAAUGAGCUUGAUCAUAUUGUGGAAAUCCUUGUUGAAUCCUGAAACUCCUUGUGUAGGAGAUAAAGAUCUGUAGGGGAAAAAAGACUCGAGAAAGCUAUUCCCACAGUUUAUUCUGUCAAAUCUGCACGUGUAUUUUACAAAUAUCUAUAUAUUAUAUAGAUAUAUAUAUUAAAAAAGCACUUCAUAUUGCAAAAUAGUGUUAACUCUUAAAGUUAACCUGCAACUUGUAGUGUAAUAAUCCAAUUUAUUGUCCAUUGAACUGUAAGUGCAUAUGGUAAAUGUUUUUAAGUUUGGGGUCCAAGGCUCUUAAAAUUGGGUUCCUUUUACCAAUUUGUUUUAGCCUUUGAUGGAGGAUAUGCUCAGUGAGAGAGAUUCUUUCAUCUUUUCCUUAUACUUCUCCUGGUAAAAAUGGUAAUAAACAGAGAGAAGUUGGAUAACUGGUUCCCUAUUUUCCUCCAAUUUCCACUUUGUUACACCACAUAAGUCCUACCACUUCUGCUGCUCCUGUUCCAAGUUGCUAUGUCGCUCUUAAAGAGCAGUAUGCAAUAGUUCUUGUUAUCCUAGCUAGCUUAUUCUGGUUUUUGCUACAAUUUUUACUUCAAAAAUAGUUUUAAAGUGUUUAUUGGUGUUUAGAUUUUUCCAGGUAUUUUCCUAAAAUAUAUUUUUACUACAGAUGUUGUGUCAGCUGCUAACUUAGUAACUUUUGAUCAUAUGUGCAGUUGAUGUAUUUUUUGAAAGAUUUUCAAAAAGGGAUGUUUUUUACCGUGAGCUACCCAAUGUAGUUCAGUAAAGUGUAUGUAAAUGUAAAUAUACAAUUUUAUACUUUACAUUAAAAUGUAAGAGCUGUUUUCAUGAUUCUGUUUUAUAGAGUAGUACUUUACUAAAUUGAGAAUUGUACAGUUAUGCUUUUUGUACCCCGUAUACUUGAGUAUCAUUAGAGGAAGAGCUUUGAUCCAGCUAGAUACAAUUACAUUUAAUUCAUUUCAGACCAUAUUUUUUGUUAACUACAAACCUAAAUUACGUAGGUUUUUAUUUAUGUGUAUUUAUAUGUAAAUGUCAUCAAGUGAAUUGUUUAUCACUGAAGUCUGCCAUCAAAUAUUUGUUUAUAUGGGGUAACUAUCUUGCACUAAUUACUACAAAAAGUGUUAUUAGCAGCCUUUAAAUCUCAACUGGUAUGUCAUGAUGUCUUGUCAUAAUCAAUAUGCUCCACUCUUACCAAGGGUUUCCUCUUGGCUUUUUUAAAUAACAAAAGAUAAUACAA